AUGUCGUCCAGAGUCGACAUCAAAUCGGACCGUGCAAAGGAAUCGGAGAAUUUUGUUGAAGACGAUGCACCCAUCAGUUACACUGUGAACUGGAAAAAAACCGCUAGUGCUGAUGAUCAGGCCUGGGAAAUAAAAAAGAAAUUAGGGAUAGAUUAUUUGACAACAAAAGAUGACUACAAAUCGAUCAGCGAACAAGCAGCAACGAGGCAAUCGGAAGAAUCUAUGUUAGCUAUCACGCAAGCUACAAAGCUGGGCUCAAAACCCGCUAUAAUGCCAGAAUCAAACAGCUUCACGGAGGUACUAUCAGCCAAUAAGGUUCCAGAAUGGAGCAUUUCCAAAACAACUUUUUCAAAUAUUAAAAGAAAGAAUGAGCAAGUAGAACAGCAAGUGAGAAGUACUGAAAAAAUGCAGACAGAUAUUUCCAGAUCAGGCAGAAGUGACAGAACACCAACUAAUUUAUGGAAUCCACUUACUGAAGCCACUCAGCCUGAACUGUUUACAUCAGCACCACUACCAGGAACGACAGCAUCAGACCAAGGUCACGGGCUUAUCCAGCAUUUCAGCCAAAGAUCUAAUGGCGCCUCUCAAGAACGACCAGCUGAGAAUAAGAGGUCCACAGUCAAGACAAAAACCUCAGAAGAAAGUAUUAGAAGUGCAUUAACCAUAUCUACUGAGCCCAAUCGUAGUAUUUAUGACAUUAUAAAUACUGAAGAAGUGGGACAUCAUUUGGAAGUAUCAUUAGCCCCACAAAUCACCAAUACACUGAAAAACUCAUUAUCACCACUUACAACGUUUGCGUCUAAAGGUUCAGAACCCACGACACUCUCUGGAUCCGUUGAUAUCAAUCUAGAGCAGCAGCCUCUAGGCAUUAUGCAGCAGCCAACUUUAAGUUUGCCAACAUCUACGGAUGUUAUGAGCAAAGAGUCUUCGCAGCCCAUAUUAAAUUCGCAUCCAGAUGAUCAGGAGUCGACGAAGAACAUUACUGGAACUAUGCCACCACAAUCACUGAUGUUAUCAGAUGAAAAGAAGGAAACUGUGUCACUAUCUACACAAAAUAUAAAUUCUAAAACCAUACAAGGGAAAACUGCGAGGCGAAGUUCCGGAAAUGAGCAAGAUACAAUAACACCAGCAGCGCCGUGGACAUUUAUGGAUAUAGGGCCACCCAAACGUUGGAAUGCACCAACUAAAACGCCAGCAGCAACAGAAGCUGUCUCAAUGCGCUCUACAAAGGCUGCCACACAUUUUACCACAUUACCACAGAUUACUGCUGUGAAAAAAAAUUCCAAAAAUGAAUCAGCCACCGAUCCAGCAAUGCGCCAAAAAUAUGAAAGAUCAAGAACUAAGGCGAAACAUCUCGAAUCCAAGGCUACUGAGAAUGAAUCAUCGAUGAGUCCUACGUCAGUAAAUUCACGCAUACCGAUUCUCAGUUCUACGGAACUACUGUACAAUAGUCAAGGGGAUAAAGCGAUUUCAUCAUUCACAUUACAGCUCAAAUCCAUAAAUACACAUCAGAAAUUUUCAAAAACUGUCUCAAUAAAUACUAGGACCACAGAAUUAACAGAACCUCCGGAAACACGAAUACAUCCUGAAUCUAAUGUAAGUGCGAAUGUACUGACAUCAACAAGUUCCAUAACUGCUGCUGUAGCAUCCAAUUCGCAAUUAUCAAUGGAACAAAUGAAAACAGGUUCGACAAUAAAUCAAACAAUGGUUACUUUACCGACGAAACCAUCCGAGGUUAGCAGCAGCCAAAGUACUACAAACUCAGACAACUGCAACCAGACAGAUCUACUCGCAUCCGAAAUGAUACAAUCAAAAAUGCCAUCGGAACAAAUUAACCCAAUCGUGCAUAAUCCAGAAAUGUCAAGAGAACAAACAAGCCUUGCCCAAAGUAAAGGAUUAGCUAUCGACCCGCAAAAUGAUUCCACAAUAGCAGCAAUGGGUGAAAUUCCAUCUCAUUUGAAAUUACCUAGAUUAACUACAGAAAAGACGAUAAAGCUAGCCACAACAUUAAAUCUGGGUACGCAUGCAAUCAUGAACUUUUUUACAACUAUAAAUUCAAAAUCCCUGCAUUUUCAAGGAAGCAAGAAAACCGGAAUAACAGACUGGAACGCAGUUAAUGGCACAACAAAGAAGCGCGCAGCAACUGCAGAUAUGGAGCUGGCAUUGCUGGGGCAGGCACGAUCAUUAGAACGAACUACCUCUACAAUAGCACCACGUAGUCAUUCGUCGACUUCAAAACCACCACUUUACAAAAGCGAAGCUGGGAGUGCACACAAAUCAUUAUCGAAUCACGAAUUUGCAAAAACCGCAAAAACACAUCCAAGCACAGUUAGAGAAAAGCCGCUAAAGCGAAAUGCAGUAGGUACCUCACCGCUACCGUCGGUACCCGCUGCCCAACGAACAAUCCGCCAAACUGAUGUUGUGAACACCGUAACUCCCCGGGUGCAAAGUUUACGGAAGACUGAUAUAACUCGGAAAGCAAAACAACGGGCGAGGAAGGAUACGCGUUCAAGCGAAGAAUCCACAUCCGCAAUAGCUAUUUCACCGAGUGCUAUGGAGACGAUGCUUCGAAAUUCAUCCGCUAUCCGAAAACCUUCUGACACACUGUUUACUGAAACAACCCAGACAAACCCUUUUACGAUGACAGAUUUGUCCGCAAUAGUAGCAACCAGGCAGCAGCAGCAGCAGCAGCAGCAGCUGAAAGCACAUAUAAAUUUGCUUAUUCCUAAUGAAACUUUACAAGCAGCAAAGAAAAAUGUCUUAGAAAUGCCACUCACAGAAGUCAGAAAUGCGUCGCCACAGUUAAAUGUGAUGGAUUCGAGGCGUAACAAGAACGACUUGAUCGCCAGCAAAACUAUGUCCGGGAUGUCACCAGCAACAAACAUUAUGUUGUCAACAGUAUCUUCAGUGUCAUCAGCUGGUGCUUAUCUUUUUACCGCAAUUACUGGAGAAAAAUUUAUAACUCAAACGCACGGACAAUCAGUCUUUAUGAAAACUGCGCUAGGCAGCGGUCAAUCAACAGAAUCCCCGACUUUAGGCAUGCGAACUACGCUCAUUCCAAUAAAUGUGCCUGAGGAGUCGGCUGAACCGACUUCGCAAACGUCCUCACCAAAAGUAUCUUUAACGAUGAAUGCCCGAACACUGGCACUCGACAGAACUAGCACAUCAGCCCCAGAGUCAUCAAAAUACUUCACUUCAAGGCCCUCUUUAACAAAUGUAUUACCAGUAACAACAGCAAGUACAGAAAAUGCCACUUUUCUGACAAAAAGCUGGUUGGCAUCUUCGACAAAUUCCGGAAUGACCACUACCACCAAUUUGGAAGCAGUACCACCGUCAUACGCUCCACAUCGUGUUAAAUCGACUUUGCAGUUGUAUUCAGAAACAAGCUCGAAGCAGGGAGCAAAAUCAACAACAGUGCCCCAGCGCGCAGCAAAACGAACAUCCCUGGCACAAAACAGUGGUGGAAAGACUAACAAAAUAACAGCAUUUCCACCAAGGAUCGCAUCCACGACACUGUCCACAACUCCACAAAGCAGAACUAAUGCAAUUGCUUUAAAGCACGAUGCUACUGUUACAAAGGCAGUAAUCGGGACACACAUACAAGUAACAGAUUUGAAAAAAACAGCCACGUCAAGUAUUUUCCCACCUGACUUAGAUUCCACUGCAGUGACGAGAAGACGUGAGUCACCAGUACAAUCAAUUACAGAUGAAGCGGCUGCGGUAGCUCAAAACAGCACGCAAACAAACACAACCGCCUCAAAGAAUCUGUUUUUGAAUGUUCACCUUGCAAGUGGGACUAUUUCUCCAAGCGCUACUCAUCCAGGAACGCAACGGGAAUCUCCAAAAACGAUGCAUCCAGAGCAGCCUAUGUUUUUGCAGGAGUCGCAAUCUACAAAUCCUGUCAUAACCCAGAUUCCAUUAAAUGCAGCAACUUUAUCAGCCUCAAACCAACUAAAGUCAAAAGCGAAAACUGCAAAAAAUAAAAGCUACAAUAGCUUUGCGAAUGAACCACCAAUAUCGACUACUCCGGAAAAGGCAAACUAUUAG